AUGCUUGUUGAAAACCCUCGCCAGUGGCACAACACGUUGUAUGAGACACUAUGGGCUUAUCGCACCUCCAAGAGGAAUCCCACUGUUACAACACCCUAUGCACUAAUGUUUGGUCAUGACGUAGUCUUACCCUUAGAACUCAACGUUCAAUCCUUGCGCGUCCUAGAUCAACAUCAUUUGAUAGGCGAAGAUUAUGUCCAGGCAAUGUGGCAAGAGCACGAAGACCUGAACGAGCAGCGCUUAGCGGCUUUGGAUAAUCUAGUGAUGGAGAAACAACGUAUCGCCCGCGCCUAUGAUAAGAGGACGCGUGACCGUAGUUUCAAAGAAGGUGACCUUGUUUGGAAAGUUGUUUUGCCCUUUGGCGAGAAAUUGACCGGUCGCGGUAAAUGGACUCUGCGCUGGGAAGGACCCUUUGUUGUUCACCGCAUUCUAGAGCGCGGGGCCUUUCACCUCAAAGAUUUGGACGGCGACAUCCAUCGCAAUCCCAUCAAUGGGCGGUUCCUGAAGAAAUAUUACCCUAGUGUUUGGGAUUUCGAGGAUCAACCGGAUCAACCUUCUUCCCAGCAAGGGGGGCAACCGUAG